AUGACCUCUAUCCUAAUAACAGCCGGCCCAUACCAAUUCCGCGCGAGAUUCGAAUCCUCAGCUCCCAAAACGGUGGCCCUUUUCCGCACCCUACUCCCAUACUGCCAAAAGCUCAUCCAUGUUCGUUGGAGCGGAGAGGGUAUGUGGAUCCCAUUAGGAGAGACCGAUUUCGGACUACCAUUUGAGAACCAUACGGCUCACCCUGCUGCGGGUCAGAUCCUGCUGUAUCCUGGUGGUAUCUCCGAAACAGAGAUUCUGUUCUGCUAUGGAGGCGUUGCCUUUGCGAGCAAGAUGGGACCACUGGUGGCAAAUCAUUUCUUGACUAUAGUUGAAGGAACCGAGAACUUAAAGGCACUGGGUGAGCUGGUGCUUUGGAAGGGAGCACAAGAUAUCUCGUUUGAGUUAGAUGAUGCCGAGAGGUAA